AUGCGGCACGCGGGCGCCGGAGCGCUGUGCCUGGCAGCCGAGGCCGGCUGCCGCGAGGCGGUGCGCGCGUUGUCUGCGCCCGCGGCCGCCGGGCCCGACGCGUGGGGCAGCACGGCGCUGCAGUGGGCGGCGGCUCGCGGCCGGGACGUGGCGGUGGCGCUGCUGCUGGAGGAGGGCCGCGCAGACGUGCGCGCCGCGGACCGGGACGGCGUGACGGCGCUGCACGCGGCCGCCGCCCGCUGCGGCGCGCCCACCGUGGAGGCGCUGCUGCGCGCCGGGGCCGACCCGGCCGCCGCAGACGGCGAGCUGGCGCUGCCGCUGCACUGGGCGGCCGCCGCGGCCAACGCGGCCGCGCUCGCCGCGCUGCUGGAGGCGUGCCGCGGCCACGCCGCUGCACUACGCGGCGCGCGCCGGCUGCGUGGAAGCGGUGCGCGCGCUGCUGGCCGCGGGCGCCUACCGUAG